AUGCAGAAUUCGGUCGCUCUUUCGGCUAGGAUGCCCACCGCCAGACGUGCCAGGAAGGGCAUAUCUGACGCUCAGAAACAGGCUCUACGCGUCUAUGCAUCUGAAACGCACCCUACACCUUCUCAGAGAGCCUGCGUUGAAUGGUUUCAAUCCCAAUUUAGUCGCCUUAUUGAUCGGGCUACUGUCUCAAGGAUCCUUUCAUCUAAAUACCAGCAUCUUGAUACUGGUCCAGCUAGUCUAAACAUGCGUACGUCGGCAUCGCAUUGGCCUAUAUUGGAUGACAAGCUCUUUGAAUGGCAACAGCGACACCAGGAUUCUGGCUUUCCGAUAACAGGGCCACUUCUUCGGUUAAAAGCUAUUGAAUACUGGAGAAAGAUACCGGAUUAUUCUAAACUACCAAUGCCUCUUUUCUCUGAUGGUUGGCUUACCCGGUUCAAACAACGUCACUCUCUCCGAUAUCAUAUCUUCCAUGGUGAAGCUGCAUCUGUUCCGAGCUCAAUACAUGAUGAGAUGAAACCUAUUCAGGCAGUCUGUGACCAAUAUGAGCAGGAGAAUAUCUAUAAUAUGGAUGAAACUGGGCUUUACUGGCGUCGUAUGCCAAAUGGUGGCCUAUCAACUGAUGGAUAUGCUGGUCAAAAGAAGGAUAAGGCCCGAAUUACUAUAGUAGUUGCGACAAAUGCUACUGGUUCAGACCGACUUCCUUUGUGGUUAAUUGGUACUGCAAAGACACCACGAGCCCUCCGGGGGGUAAAUUUCCAAGCGAUUGGAUGUACCUGGCGUUGGAAUAAGAAGGCAUGGAUGCGCAGUGGAAUUAUGAAAGAAUGGCUACACUCAUUUUAUAAGCAUAUUGGCAAGCAAAGACGAGUAUUGCUUUUGCUUGAUAACUUCUCUGCACAUUUAUGCGCGCUUGAAGAUGCACCUCCACCUCCCAAUAUCAGGGUUCUUUUCUUCCCAGCGAAUACAACGUCAAUUUACCAACCACUGGACCAAGGUAUAAUCCAGAACCUAAAACACCAUUAUCGGAGAAAAUGGAUGCUUUGGAUGGUUAAUAUACUUGAUCGGAAUAUCGAUCCUCAAAAGAAAAUGAGCCUUAAUUAUACUCUGCACUGGAUCACCCAAGCAUGGCGUAAUAAGGUACUCAAUGAGACUAUACAAAACUGCUUUGAUAAGAGUACUAUUACUGGUCGUACUAGUCAGAUAGAAGGACAACCAGAAGUGCUUCAGUUAGAUGAUCUAUAUCAGAGCUUAACUAGCAAGCUUUCUGGGAGUGCUCAGGAGAUUAUGCCAUUGGAUAAUUUCCUGAACCCAUCAGAUGAAAACAAUGCUGAUGAACCUGAUAUAUCUGAUAUUAUCCUGGAUAUAACCGCUGGCGGUGAUGGUGAUGGUGAUGGUGAUGAUGAGGAUGAGGAAUAUAUAUUUGGGCCUCCACCAGACUUACCAUCUAGUGCAGCAGUUAUUCAUAGCAUGAAGGAUACACUUCUAUGGGCACAGCACCAAGAGGGUACUACCGAGGAAAAUAUUCGUCAGAUAGAGGGCCUCAUAGGUAUAUUUACUAGACUACAGGUGGAUAGGAGGGAACAGAAGACACUGGAAGAGACAUGGCUCUCAAAGCGGAAGUAA